GGGAGCGCCUCUAUCCGAGGCCCCUCCGAAAGGAAAAAAGAAGAAGAAGAAUUGUCUGCUCAGUCAUCGUCUGGAUCGUCUGGAUUCUUUUGAUUGAUUGCAUUUUUAUUUUUAAAGCAAUAAAGAACAAGGUUAAUCGUGUUUUAGUUAAUUUGGUGAGCCUCAUCACGAAACUUUCUCAAAUUCCUUUUUUAUAAUUCAUACAAAUGUUUCCUGGAGAUAUAAUGUGUUGAGAACCCAAGUGAAAGAAUGAAAUAUAUGAGAAGACGUCAAUUUAUACAAACAAGAAUGGCACUCUUCCCCUGUACCCAUUGGAUGGUAAAAUUACGCAAUAUUCAAGCGAAACAUCUGAGCAGUCUGACAAAAAUUGGAGAAGCAGUAAUAUUUCCAAAUGAGGAAACGAUAGUCUGUUGGCAUCCAGAUAAAAAUUUCCCUUACAAGUAUUCGCAGCCAUUGCCACGAGAGGAACAUACUGCAUUUUCGACACUUAAAAUCAGUGCCCCCAAGGCUCGAGCAACCUUUGCCAGGAAGAAAGACAACAAAACAAUUGCAGAAGAAUGUGCUAAGCUAACCCACACUACAAUGCAUCCUUGGUUCCCAAGAAGCAGAGACAAGAAAGCAAAAAAAUCUCAGGCCGACAGACCUUUUCUAUAAUUCUGUCAAUUUUUUUGAAAUUAUUUUCAUCAUUUAUUGACAAUGGACAAUGUAUUCUAUUUGUUUUUCUAUGGGUAUUUAUCUAAAUACACGUAAUGAUAAAUAAAGCUCAUUGAUUCUUCAA